AAUGCUCAGCAGCCGCAAUACCCUCCUGCGUUCCCAUUGCAACCUUCUCUAGCAUCUUCCUAUAACAAUGCACCAAGUGUUCUUCCCAACAUACUUGAUGCCAGUGCUCCCAAUGCACAGGAUGUGUGUCCGGGCUACAAGGCUUCCAACGUGCAACAGAGCAAUUCAGGUCUCCAGGCCGAUUUGACCUUGGCUGGUACACCAUGCAACGUAUACGGCAACGAUAUUCAGGACCUUGUUCUGUCUGUUCAGUAUCAGAAUCAAACCAGACUUGCUGUCAGCAUCACUCCCAAAUACCUGGCCCCACACAAUGAAUCUCUUUACAUCCUUGACGAGCGAUUCACCCCACGACCUGGAGUAGAAGAUGGAUCUAGCAACACCACUAGUGAUCUAGCCUUCUCGUGGAGCAACGAUCCCAGUUUUCAAUUCGAAGUCAUCCGAGUCGGGUCUGGCGAGACUAUAUUCAGUACAUAUGGCAAGAAGAUUGUGUUCGAAGACCAGUUUCUCGAGCUUGUCACCUCGAUGGUUCCGGACUACAACGUGUAUGGUUUUGCUGAGGCCUUCCACUCGUUUAGACUUGGCAAUAACUAUACACAAACCUUCUGGAACGCGUACAACCUCGACAACGAUCAGUUACCCGAUGUCAAUGGGCAUAGCACGCAUCCGGUCUAUCUUGAAACUCGCUAUGGUAACGGCACAUCUGCUUCUCACGGUGUAUAUGCUCGCAAUGCCCAUGGCCAAGAGUGGCUUCUCAGAGAGGAUACCAUCACGUACCGCACGAUCGGUGGUAGCUUCGAGUUCUACUUCCUCAGUGGCCCGACACCUAAAGAAGUCAUCAGCCAAUAUCAGGUCGGCAUUGUUAACACACCUGUCAUGCAAAGCUACUGGUCGCUUGGUUUCCAUCAAUGCCGCUGGGGAUACUUGAACUGGACCAACCUGCGAGAUGUAGUCGAGUUGUAUGCCGAGCAGGGUAUCCAGCUCGAAGGCAUCAUGAACGACCUCGAUUACCUCAAUCUGAACAGAGACUUUACUCACAACGCCAAUUAUCCAGCGGACGAGGGUAAAGAAUUUUUGGACUGGCUGCACGCGCGUGGUCAAUACUACUUGCCCAUCCUAGACCCAAACAUCUAUGCUCCAGACCCAACCAACGCCAGCGAUGCCUAUCCACCUUUUGAUCGCGGUAAUGAGCUAGAUGUGUUCAUCAGAAACGGAAAUGAUAGUUUGUAUUAUGGCAUGGAGUGGAACGGAUUCAGCGUCUGGCCCGACUUUUCGGUCCCACAGGCUCAGCAAUUCUGGACAGAGCAAUUUGCCGAGUUCCGCAAGACUUUGGCAUUCGACGGCUUCUGGCUCGAUGUCAGUGAUCCGACUUCUUGGUGCACUGGAAGCUGUGGUCAAUACCAGCGAAGUCUGAAUCCUGUACAUGUACCCUUCGCAUUGCCUGGAGACCCAAACACGAGUAUUGCUGUGGACUACCGCUACCCGGAAAUGUUCAAUGUCACAAACGCGACUGAGGCAGCUUCAGCUAGUGCGGCAAGAGCGUCGCAGAUGUUAGCUUACCCGUCGAUAACACUUGCUCCUUCNCCUGUUUUAGGACGUACACUUGCAACCCCUGGCGUUCGCAAUCUCAACUUCCCGCCGUAUGCGAUCAACAACUUCUUGCCUGGUCACAGUCUGUUGAAGCAGGUUAUUGCACCGAACGCUACCCAUUUGGAUGGACCUUACAACAGCACUGAGUAUGAGCUGCAUAACCUUUAUGGUCAUCUUAGUGGCAACGCAACAUAUAAUGCUCUCGUCGCCGUGUACGAAGGCAAGAGACCAUGGUUCAUCGCUAGAAGCACUUUCGCCGGAAGUGGUGCCUUCGCUGGCCACUGGGGUAGGCAAGACUGGGAGCCACAUCCAAGUUCAUAUGCUAACUUGCAACANGGUGGUGACGCAAACUCUGACUGGGGCGACAUGUACUUCGGCAUUUCGCAGGCGUUGCAGUUCUCCAUCGCUGGUAUCCCAUACUUCGGUGUCGAAACUUGCGGCUUCAACGGUAAUGCAGACAUGGAACUGUGUACACGAUGGAUGCAGCUGAGUGCAUGGUUCCCGAUUUCAGGNUAUCGCAACCACAACAAUCGCAACACUAUUGCUCAAGAAGCCUAUCGAUGGGCAACAACUGCCGAGUCAACCAGACGCAUCAUGAAUAUUCGCUACUCUUUGCUUCCAUACACAUACACGCUCUUCCACAAGGCAAACAAGGCCGGCGAGACGGUGUUGAGAGCUCUGGCUUGGGAGUUNCCUGAGGACGCUUCGCUCAAGGCCAUCGACAACCAAUUCAUGAGCGGUCCAGCACUCUUAGUGAUGCCAGUACUCGCACCACUUGCCACCUCAGUGCAAGGCGUGUUCCCUGGAGUAGCGACUGGAACGAUCUGGUAUGACUGGUACUCUCUGCAAAAAGUCGAAGUCGCUGCUGGAGAGAACAAGACGUUGAGUGCACCGAUUGAACAUCAACCCAUCUUUGUAAGAGGCGGAUACAUCAUCCCAAUCCAGAAAGCUGGAAACACUACUUCCACGUCGAGAAAGAGCCCUUGGAGCUUGCUCAUUGCCCUUGACAAGGACGGCAAGGCAAGCGGUCAGCUCUUCCUUGACGAUGGCAUUAACAUCGUUCAAGACUCGACCAAGAACGUUGAGGUACGUCGACUUGUUCUUUCAUCUCUCCAAUCUACUAAUCAUCUUUCCAGNAUCUCUUUCGCAGACGGUAUGUUGUCUACCAAGGUGACUGGUGCUUUCGAAGAUGGCAUUCCACUGGCGAACAUUACCAUCGCUGGUGCGUCGGCUUUGCCGAAAGACAUCAACCUCCACAUCAAUGGUGCGGCUUGCGAGACCUCUGUUCUUGAAGUCAAGGCAGGAGGCAAUGUGACUUACAUAACAGGACUCGAGGGUGUGACGACAAGUGGAGCAUGGCAGGGUGACAUGACGCUCAAAUUGGUGUACUGA